CAGGUGGGCCAUGGGGAGGAGCGGCUUUGCUUACCGAUCCGAUCCGAUUCGCCGGCGUCGGCGGCGGCGGCGGCGAGAUGGAUUUGCCGGCGAGCCGCGGGCGGUGGCGGAAGCGGAGCGCCCGGUCGCACGCGCCCCUCCUCGUGGCCGUCCUCGUGCUCCUCAUCCCGGCCUCCCUCCUCCUCUCCUCGGCCUACUCCUCGCUGCUCCGCUCCAUCCUCCCCUUCUCCGGCUUCGGAGGCGGUGGCGGAGGAGGGGGCAGAAGAUGUGGGCGGUCGCCGGAGCUGGAAGGGGAGAGGUUUCUUUGGUACGCGCCGCACAGCGGGUUCAGCAACCAGGUGGGCGAGCUCCGGAAUGCCGCCGUCGCCGCCGCGCUGCUCAACCGCACCCUCGUCGUGCCCCCGGUGCUCGACCACCACGCCGUCGUCCUCGGGAGCUGCCCCAAGUUCAGGGUCGCCGACGCUUCCGACCUCCGCGCCGCCGUCUGGGACCACUCCAUGCAGCUCCUCCGGGAGCGGAGGUAUGUAUCCAUGGGUGACAUAAUUGAUCUAUCGCCGAUAAAGGCUACGGUUAGAACGAUUGAUUUCAGGGUGUUUGUCUCAUUGUGGUGCGGCGUAGACAUGCGCAAGACUUGCUUCUCUGGCUUGUGCUGUGCUGUCUCUGGUGGUGGAUCGCUGCCAGGUGAUUACGAUAGAUGCCGAUCGAUGCUGUCCGGUUUAGGGGGCAGCGAAAAUGGCUGUGUGUAUCCUGUCCAGGACGAUUGCCGAACAACAGUCUGGACAUAUCAAGAGAAUAAUGAUGGGGCGCUUGAUUCAUUUCAACCAGAUGAAGACUUGAAAAAGAGGAAAAAGAUAUCAUACGUUAGGAGGCGCAAAGAUAUGUACAAGGCUUUGGGGCCUGGUUCUGAAGCUGAGGAUGCUUCCUUGUUGGCAUUUGGGACACUUUUCUCAGGACCAUACAAGGGAUCAGAGUCAUAUUUUGAUAUCCACGAAUCGCCAAAGGAUCGUCGGCUACAGACUAUACUUGAGAAGGUUGAGUUCCUCCCUUUUGCCCCUGAGAUCAUUGCUACAGGGAAGGAGUUCGCUAGGAAAAAGAUCAAGGAGCCAUUUCUUUGCGCACAGCUAAGGCUGUUAGAUGGGCAAUUCAAAAAUCACUGGAAAGCUACAUUUUCUGCACUCAAGGAGAAGUUAAAGGCUGUUGCGUUGGAAAUGAAGAAAACCCAGGGUAGUGGUCCUAUUCACAUGUUCAUGAUGACUGAUCUUCCACCAGCAAACUGGUCAAAGACCUAUCUUGCAGAUAUUGCAAAAGAUGGGAGAUAUAAAUUGCACACCCUGAAGGAAAGUGAUGAACUGGUGGCACAGACCGCAGAGCGGCUUAUGGCUGCUGAACAUGGUGUGAGAUCUGGAUUUAUUCCCAAAAACAUAGCAAACACGAGGAAGGAUUGUGAUCCAGUUCAACUACCAGAAAUUUUGUUAUAUGUUGAAGAAUCUGUCUGUAGCUGUGCAUCACUAGGAUUUGUGGGGACUGCUGGAUCAACCAUAGCAGGAAGCAUAGAAACAAUGAGGAAGAACAAUGUCUGCCAAUUGUAGGAGAACUGCACACAUCCUUCGAGCAAACUGCCUGAAAAAACUAACCACCGUUACUUGACUCGUCGACUGUAGAUAGCAAUAUGAGAGCCGUUACACAACAGAAGCUGAAUCCUUGAGAUCUUCCAUCCCCAGUGCAUGCAUGACUGCAUGAGUAUAUAAUGCUGAAAGCCCACGUUUUUUUUGUUUUUUUUAUUUGAGUAGAAAGGUAUAACGUGUGCCUUAAUCAUUCAGUUUUGUAAGUUUGGAUACAUUUAUUUAUUUUUUGGUAUGUAAUGUAUCCUUCAUCCUCACAGUUUUUGCCCUGAUGACAGUGAUAGCCUGUAGAAGAAUUGCUCGAAUCAAAUAGCUCACUUUGAUCUA